CAUGGUGAAAAGAGUAACGAAAAAAGAAAACAUCUGUUACUUUUUUCUCAUUUUUCCUCUUUCACGCGAAUAAUCACACUCGAAUUUUCAAGAUUAUAUAAAAAGGAAUAAAGAAUAAAAUAAAAUCGGCGAUUGUUUACAUCAUCCUGAAUCCUUUUCGCUGUUUAUUUAUCUCCAACAUCGGAAACCGUGAUUUCUUGGUCUCACAGUCGCAGAUUCUCACUCCACUACCACUCCACAUUCCUCCUCCCCUGCGCCUCUUGUACGCAGCCAUGGGCUCCAGAGUAAUCACGGUGGCGCAGGACGGCGCCGCCGAUUACCGGACCGUGCAGGAGGCCAUCGACGCCGUGCCUCUGGGCAACGCGUGCCGCACCGUGAUCCGCGUGGCGCCGGGCGUCUACCGCCAGCCGCUCUACGUGCCCAAGACCAAAAACCUCAUCACGCUCGCCGGAAUCAGCCCGGAGGCCACCGUGCUGACCUGGAACAACACCGCCACCAACAUCGACCACCACCAGGCGGCGCGCGUCAUCGGGACCGGCACUUUUGGGUGCGGCAGCACCAUCGUUGAAGGGGAGGAUUUCAUCGCUGAGAACAUCACCUUCGAAAACUGUGCUCCGCAGGGUUCAGGGCAAGCUGUGGCGCUUAGAGUGACAGCUGAUCGUUGUGCAUUCUAUAAUUGCAGAUUUCUUGGUUGGCAGGAUACUCUGUAUUUGCACUAUGGGAAGCAAUAUUUGAGGGAUUGCUACGUUGAAGGAAGUGUGGACUUCAUUUUUGGCAAUAGCACUGCCCUUUUGGAGCAUUGCCAUAUCCACUGCAAAUCUGCUGGCUUUAUUACAGCUCAAAGCAGAAAAACUUCUACAGAGACAACAGGAUAUAUAUUCUUGAGGUGUGUGAUUACUGGCAAUGGAACGAAGGAGUACGCAUAUCUUGGACGGCCAUGGGGACCUUUUGGGAGGGUGGUCUAUGCUUACACAUACAUUGAUGGCUGUGUUAAGCAAGUUGGUUGGAAUAACUGGGGAAAGGUUGAGAACGAAAGAACCGCCUGCUUUUAUGAAUACAAGUGCUUCGGGCCAGGUAGUUGCCCCUCCAAGCGUGUGACAUGGUCCAGAGAACUGAUCGAUGAGGAAGCUGAGGAGUUUGUUGCACACAGUUUCAUCGAUCCAGAUCGACAGCGGUCAUGGCUGGCGCCGAGGAUGGCUGUAAGAAUACCAUAUUCAGCUUAAGUUAUGUAAAAGAACUAUACUUUAACAACAGUACUAGGAUUGCAUUGUUGCCAAUGGUUAUUUGUAUGUCUGUGGCUACUUUGUUGAGAUCACAAUUAAUAUAUUUAUAUGUAAUGUAGUAAUACUUGAUGUGUUCUUCCUUAGUUUGGUUAUCUAUUGAUGAAGGUCUGUAAUUUUUAUCUUUAGAGUAAUCUCAUAUUUACACAGUUGAUCUUAUAUUUCACUCGAUAAUGGAAUAUUUUGUUUUUGUA